AUGAAAGCUCAACGAAACGUGACCACCCAUCAAAAUGGUGUUGACAGUGUUCGUAAAUCAUCCUCAUCGUCGAUUUCUUCUGUUUCUACUGUAAUCUCACCAUUACCACAAGUUCCACCUCUAGAACUUUAUAGCUUUUAUGAACAAGAAAAAGUUCAUAUUUAUGAUAAGCUAUGUUCAAGUGUUAGUUUAACAUGUGAAAUAGCGUAUGCGACAUCUGAUGGUAUAUUUAUUUGUUCACCGAAAACCUAUAUCCAGCAAACAUUUACAUCUAAUCCACAGUAUCCACAAGAGAAUGAAAAUUAUUCUUCGAUGAUGAUAACACGUAUUCAUUAUCCACAUAUAAUUGAUUCGCCAAAUUCCUUAGCGUUUCAAAUAUCUUCAUCAGCUCCAUCGUGCCAAGCAUUUUCACUUAUUAAACAAUGGCUUAAAGUAUUAUAUGAAGCGUAUUCAAAUCGUCCAUCAUCAUUAUCUGCAUUCGAUCGCCUAUUAUGUCAUGACACAACGCAAUAUCGAGGUUAUCGUACAUGUAUGUUCUUACCAUGUGAUUUACCAUAUAUAAAUGGACAAAAUUGUUUAGCUACCAUAACAUGUCUCCAUGAAUUAUUCAUCUAUGAAGUACUCUCGUGUUCAAAACGUUAUUAUGAAUCGUGUACAUCAAAAAUUCUAUUCGAUUUAACAACAUUACUGAUGAAUUAUCUAGAAAAUCAUAAUAGUGAAUACUUUCCAAAAAAUUCGAAUGAUAAACACGAUUAUCGAUAUUUGUAUACGCAUUUAACAUCGGCUAUCACAUGGAUCAAUUUAGCAUUGUCAUCAUCACCAUCAACAACAUUACUAUUUCAAUUACAAUACUCGGGACAUUUAAUUAUAUGGGAAUUUGAUGGUAUGAAAUGCAUAAAUAGUGAACCAUUAGCUAUUUUAGAUUCAUGCAUUACAAAACCUCUUACCAUGACUUGGCAUAAGGAUGAAAAAUUGCUCGUUAUUGUUGGCAAAGAAAAUAAACGUGUGUUAAUUAAGAUGAAUUGUUAUGAGCAUAAGACACCGACAACAUUGUAUGAACUAAAAUCAGUAAAUAUGUAUAUCGAAUUGAACAUAUUUGAUAUCAAGCAAGAUGAAGAUGAAAAUGAUAGUAUGAACGCUGAACAUUUAGUCAUGAUAAAUUACAGUAAACAACAAAAGACGUUGAUCAUCGAAGCGAAAAUGAAUUAUUGUCUAAUUUAUAAACUUGAACAAAAUCGUUUGAAUGAUGCUAAUCCCAAAUCAACUGCUUAUUCUGUCUGUCAUUGCCAUCUUAUAAAUUCGAAGAUGUUACAUUCGAACAUAAUCGGUUUUCAAAUAUUAUAUUCCAGUGAUGAACAAACAGUCGUGAUCGGUUGUGAAGACGGUAGUUUAUAUUCAUUGACAAUGGCAUCGCCAUCAGCUGAUGAAAUCUCAUUUGAUUUUAAACUUAUUGUUACUGCGCAAUCGAAACAUUAUUCACCACGUAAACCAUUGUUAUGCCGUCAUUUUACGCUGAUGAAUAAUCAAUUAUUAUUAAAUCGUAUUUUUUAUUCUCCAAUUGUUAAUCCAAAUGAAAAGUUUGGUUAUGUUUCAUGUGUUGUUCAUAUAUGGCCGCAUCACCAACAACAACAAUCCUUGAAUUCAUUGUUAGAACAGUUUCUUGGAAAAACGACUGUUCCUUUAUGGAAAUCCUAUGAUGAAUUAGCAUUAAUACUAUACUAUCUGCCAAAACACCGUGAUCAAGCAAAUCAAAUACUAAAACGUUUCAUAUCACCAUCCAUCAUCUCGCAAUCAUCAUUCUAUUCAUUACAACGUUUAUGUCGUUUACAAUCAUUAUUAGAAUCAACUAGUUUAGCAUUAAAUAAAAAUCGUAAAUCGCAACAGGUGGCUUCAGAAACAAAACUUCUUCAGAAAUAUUUAUCUCAAUUAAAUCAAUUACUCGUUACAUUAUUUGGUACGUCAAAGAAAAAAUUAACAAAAUCAGAAUUAUGUUUAUAUAAUUGUGUAGAAAGUCUCGUUGAUGAAUCUCUAACAAAAAUAACAUUUAUUCUGACUUGUCCUCUGUGUAAUGGUCAGAUAAACAAUGAUAAUUUGUCAUUGUUCACUUGUACGUGUGUCAAUAAUCAUUGCUGGCCACGAUGCAAUCGAACAUUUUUACCUUUACAAUUUGAUAAAGCACAAUGUUGUUCUUUAUGUGAACGAACAAUUAUCUCAUUGGAUCCUUUAGAUAAUCAAUAUGAAAAUUUUGCUAAUGAAAGCUCUUAUUACUGUUAUGAUAAUCCAGCAGGUUUACAAGAUGUUAUGAAAGAUGAUUUGAAAAUAUCUUCAAGUACAUUUACAGCUUUCUAUUCAUGGUAUAGUUGGCCAAAUGUGGUUCUAGCAGCUGUCGGUGGUGUUUUGAUCGAUAAAUAUUUGGGUGUUGCAUUCGGUGCUGUCCUAUUUUCGGCAUUUAUUGUUCUUGGUCAAAUUGUGUUCGGUUUUGGUGGUUAUCUUAGAUCGAUUUGGUUAAUGAAUGCGGGUCGAUUUAUUUUUGGUAUUGGUGGAGAAAGUUUGGCUAGUGCACAAAAUGCUUAUGCUGUUAACUGGUUUUUUGGGAAGCAAUUAAAUUUUGUAUUUGGCUUGCAAAUAUCAUUUGCUCGUGUUGGAAGUUUAAUUAAUUUAAAUACUAUACGCCCAAUCUACGAUUCAUUAGGUGGUCAUUUAUCCGGUCCAAAACAGAUUGGUACCACGUUACUUAUAGCUGUAUCAACAUGUAUUAUUUCAUUGAUUUGUGGACUUAUAUUAUGGUGGCUUGAUACAAGACGUCGACGUGCAAUGGUAGAAGAUAAUGAAAUUGUAGCUGAUGUUCGACAUUUUCCAGCAUCACUUUAUUGUGUUUUUAUCAUCUGUGUUUUUUAUUAUAUUUCGGUAUUUCCAUUUAUUGCUGCUGCUCAAUUAUUGUUUGAAUCAAAAUAUAAUUUAUCCCCCGCUUGGGCCAAUGCGUGUAAUAGUUUAGUUUAUUUUAUGUCUGCCAUCUUAUCACCAAUACUUGGUUAUCUUGUUGAUCGUACAGGAAGAAAUAUUUUUUGGUUAAUUGGAAGCAUAGCUGCAACAAUCGUCUCACAUAUAAUGUUAGCAUUCUUGUUUAUACAUCCCGUUGUACCUUUGGUUAUUAUGGGUAUUGCAUAUUCAAUUUUGGCAGCAUCACUAUGGCCAAUGGUUGCAUUUUUAGUACCGAAACAAAUGUUAGGCACUGCUUAUGGUCUCAUGCAAUCAAUUCAAAACUUGGGUUUGGCCGUUAUGAAUAUCUUUACUGGUCUCAUUCUUGACGCUUAUGGUUAUUUCUUAUUAGAAAUAUUUUUUAUUAUUUGUUUGGAAGUCGCCUUAUUAGCUGCUGCAUUUCUUUAUAUAUGGAAUUCAGUUAAAAAAGGUAUACUGAAUGAUUCAACAGCUGAAAGAAAGCUAAAAGCAGCACAAGAAGAACAAGAAAAAAUAGCAGUAGAAACAUCAGUAGGAACAAUAAAAUCAGUUGUACUAAAACCAGAAGUAGACCAUAGUAAUGAUCAAACCAUUAAUAGUUAA